AUGGCGCCGUCACCCGCGCCCCCGGCCCACCGCACCGCGAGUGCACCCGCCUUCGCAAAACGCACCGAAGACGACGAGCUCAAGCUUUUCCGCUACGUCCUAGUAGGUGAUCUCGGCAAGGGCAGCUUUGCUACCGUGUACAAGGGCUAUCACGAGGAGUCAAGGAAGGAAGUCGCGAUCAAGACCGUGAGCAGGAGCAGCCUCUCCACGAAGCUCUUCGAGAACCUCCAGAGCGAGAUUGACAUCCUCAAGUCCCUCUCGCACAGGCACAUCACGCGCCUCAUUGACAUCGUCAGCGCGGAGCGCAAUGUGUACCUUAUCAUGGAGUACUGCGCCGGCGGCGACCUCACAAAUUACAUUAAGAAGCGCGGGCGCGUCGAGGGGCUCGAGUACGUCCCCGAGCCCGGCGCCGCCCCGCAAUACUACCCACAUCCUCGCACGGGCGGGCUGACUGUCAUCGUCGUUCGCAGCUUCCUCCGGCAGCUCGCCCGCGCGCUCAAGUUCCUGCGCCAACGGAACCUCAUACAUAGGGACAUCAAGCCCCAGAAUCUGCUGUUGAACCCCGCGUCGGAGGACGAUCUCCAGAGAGGCCACCCGCUCGGCGUGCCGAUCCUCAAGGUCGCCGACUUUGGCUUUGCGCGGUCUUUGCCCAACGCGAUGAUGGCAGAGACGCUUUGCGGAUCCCCGCUGUACAUGGCGCCGGAGAUCCUGAGCUACCAGAAGUACGACGCCAAGGCGGACCUCUGGUCCGUCGGCGCCGUGCUCUACGAGAUGUCCGUCGGGCGCCCGCCCUACCGCGCACAGAACCACAUCGAACUCCUCAAGAAGAUCGAAGCAUCCAAGGGCGUCAAGUUCCCCGACGAGUCCCCGCCGCGGCGCGCAGAGGACGCGGCAGCGGUGCCGGAUGACAUCAAGCUACUCAUCCGGCUACUACUAAAGCGACACCCCGUCGAGCGCGCGAGCUUCGACGACUUUUUCAAGAGCACGGCGAUGGUGAACUCAAAGUUCCCUCGCCCG